AUGGAACCUUCAGAACCGACUUUUUCAUCAUUAUUACUCGCUACAUGUGAGUCAAGUGCAUAUGUAGUCGGUAUAGUCUUCAUCGGAUAUUUAGGUGUAAAGAGUGGUAUCCUUACUCCAAUGAUAAAAAAGAUACUUGCGAAACUAGUUUUGAAUCUAUUUCUUCCUUGUCUCUUAUUUUCUCAAAUUGGAGGUACAAUCGAUUUAGAAACAAUAAUACAAAUGUGGCCUUUACCCGUAUUCUGUGUGUUAUUCGCAAUAAUAAGUGGAUUUCUUGGAAAUUUUGGUGGAAAUAUAUUAAACUUAUCCAAAUCAAAAAAGAAAUUUAUAAUGUCGGCCAUGAUAUUUAAUAAUAUCACGGCUGUACCUGUAGGAUUGAUUAAAGCUUUUGUUAGCACAAAUGCUAUGCAAAUUUUUAAAUCGAAAAAUAAUGAAACUCUACAGGAUACAGCGUCACGCGGGGUUACCUAUUUGUUGUUAUCUACUCUUUUCGUUCUCAUCAUAAGACCUUUUGUGGACUCAAUUUUACCUGAAGAUGAUCCCACAGACGCAUCCAACCACUCCUCGUUGCCAACACAAAAUUCCAUGACACAGGUAGAACCAGUAACAGUAUUUUCGCAUUUAAAUAAUACCAACCCUACAGAAGAAACUCCAUUAUUAUUAUCUUUGAAAGGAUCCUCUUCACAUUUCCGUAAAAUUCUUAAUCUAAUUAAUAAUAAGCGUAUAUUAUCAAAUAUAAUGUCACCACCAAUAUUUGCUGGAUUAUCAGCUCUGAUAAUUGGACUAAUUCCAAUGCUCAAAUCGCAAUUCUUUGAUCCGAAAUCUCCUUUAUAUACCUACCUCACUGUAAACAUGAAACUUAUAGCCGUACUUACUGUUCCAAUGACAUUAAUUUCUAUCGGUGCCCAAGCUGGAUGUGUUAAAACCUUAUUUAUUAAAUGGAAUACAAAUACACAUAAACCUAUAGUGUAUGUAAUUAUUUGUAGAUAUUUAAUAAUGCCUAUUAUUGGAAUAUCAAUAGUUUUAGGAUGUAAGAUCGUUGCUAAAGAUUUGGAUUGGUUUAUAAUCAAUGAUUCGAUGUUUUUAUUUGCGGCAAUGUGCUUAGCGUGUUGGCCAACAGCUAUUGAUCUUUUUGAUGCCCAGGAUGAAUUAUUAAUCUUAACAUAUAAUUCUUAUAUUUUACUAUUUCCGGUUAUUUUGUUUACAUUGUUGGGAUUGUUGUCAAUCGUUGCAUAUAUCGCUGGAACAUUUGCUACAGCAUUAUAA